AUGACUUCCAAGGAGGACAGCAAGGCGGCGCCGGGGGAGGAGAGGCGGCGCAGCCCGCUGGACCACCUGCCUCCUCCUGCCAACUCCAACAAACCGCUGACGCCGUUCAGCAUCGAGGACAUCCUCAACAAGCCGUCUGUGCGGAGAAGUUACUCGCUGUGCGGGGCGGCGCACCUGCUGGCGGCCGCGGACAAGCACGCGCCGGGCGGCUUGCCCCUGGCGGGCCGCGCGCUGCUCUCGCAAACCUCGCCGCUGUGCGCGCUGGAGGAGCUCGCCAGCAAGACUUUUAAGGGGCUGGAGGUCAGCGUCCUGCAGGCAGCCGAAGGCCGCGACGGGAUGACCAUCUUUGGGCAGCGGCAGACCCCCAAGAAGCGGCGAAAGUCGCGCACGGCCUUCACCAACCACCAGAUUUACGAGUUGGAGAAGCGCUUCCUCUACCAGAAGUACCUGUCCCCCGCCGAUCGCGACCAAAUUGCGCAGCAGCUGGGCCUCACCAAUGCUCAGGUCAUCACCUGGUUCCAGAAUCGGCGUGCCAAGCUCAAACGGGACCUGGAGGAGAUGAAGGCCGACGUGGAGUCCGCCAAGAAACUGGGCCCCAGCGGGCAGAUGGACAUCGUGGCGCUGGCCGAACUCGAGCAGAACUCGGAGGCUGCGGGCGGCGGCGGCGGCGGCGGCUGCGGCAGGGCUAAGUCAAGGCCUGGCUCUCCGGCACUCCCCCCAGGCGCCCCGCAGGCCCCGGGCGCCGGGCCCCUGCAGCUCUCGCCCGCCUCCCCGCUCACGGACCAGCCGGCCAGCAGCCAGGACUGCUCGGAGGACGAGGAAGACGAAGAGAUCGACGUGGACGAUUGA